CACCAAUCACGAAGCAGAAAUAACACUMUGGAAUUAUAUCUGUACUACUUCAUGGAUAAGCAUUCGAUGACAGAUUGUUUCUCAUUCCGAAACUAUCGGUAAAGCCUACAUUUUUAAAAAUCUGCCGUCGGACUUGCCGUCCACUWUAACCUGUAAUAAGUUUGAUUCGCAAGGGAGGUUGGCACUUUCUGAUUGAACUAAAAGACGAUUGCGAUUUUUGGCCAAGCCUCUGAAGCCUUCUUGGGUCUGAAAAACAAGUCUAACGUACUGUACGUACCGUGAGCCUGUACGAACCGUAGGAGCAAAAAAAUACACCCAUACUUUCUGUGGGUGCUUGCUGGAGAAGCAAAAAUUCAGGAAUAAUAAUCACGAUCACUUCUCCGAUUUCGUUCAUCUUUAGUCGUCAUUGCAACAAUCGAAAUGAGUUCUAUCCAUCACCGUGGUCGCGCUAACAAGCGACGCCGAAAGCAUCAGCCAUCUCGCGCAGCCGGCGUACACGCUUUAACCUCUAACGAAGAACGACUCCUUCACCAAACAGUGCAGAAUAGUAAACUAGGUGACAAUCGAGGGACUAGGGCUGGUGACAAUAUUGAUGUCCCUUUUGGACCAGUGUUUUAUCCUACUAUUGAGGAUAUGGAKGGAUCUCCGCUUGAUUACAUCGAUAAGAUUCGCCACAUAGCUCAGCAUUACGGCAUUUGCAAAAUUGUCCCUCCAAAGGCUUGGAAAGAAAAGGACUUUUUCGGUACGUAAAAACAAAAACAAAUUUAUUUACCGUCUUUGGUGGCGCAGAACGAAAAAAAGAUGCUGAUCAGGUUACAUCAAGUUAUUCUCUUGCUGCUCCAAGGGAAGGUAAUAUUUUGCGUUGUGGUGUGUAAAAAAGUCUACUUUUCCCACUUCAUUCGGUGGAGGAAACGUCUGACCUUUUUGCUAGGAUGAAUAACGUACGACAGUUCAAACUACCGUAAAACAUGUCUGCAUUAAGCAAUUUUAUAUUAGUGCCUCAAUUUAUGGGCAAUUAUGCAAAAAAUACCUCACAUUUUUUUUYCUAUUUUGAUCUCCCUGUUCGACUUUUUACUUUUUAAGCUGGGAAGAUGGAAACUCCACAGAGGUUCCCAACGAAAUUGCAGGACCUGCAUCGCAUACAGGAGGGGGUCAGUUUUAGAGAUGGCGAAGAGUACAAUCCCGGUUCUUAUCUUCGAUAUGCAAGCACAUUCACGAAGGAAUACAAAAAAAGKGAGUAUCCUCUUCACGAUGAGAUAAUUCAAGACCAAGAAACCAAAGAAAGUGUAAACCAGGAAAGUAACAACGUCGCUGAUAAAAAAGAUGUCACUAAGAACGGUGAUGCUACGAUCGGCAGUCGCCAGCGAUUCAUUCCCGAAAAUUUAGAACAAGAUUAUUGGGACUUGGUAGAGAACAGAAAUAAGGAAUUUUGUGUCGAAUACGGGAAUGAUGUAGAUACGCAUGAAUUCGGGUCUGGCUUUCCAUUAUCGCAACGAGGAAGAUCGGUUUACGGCACCUUGGAUCCACAAAAAGCCAAUCUUCCGGAUCCGCAGUUUGGUUCUGACGAAUACUUCAGGGAGACUUGGUGGAAUCUAAAUAACAUCCCGUGGACUCCUGAUAGUGUACUUCGUCAUGUUAAGGUUGGAAUUAAUGGUAUCAACGUCCCAUGGAUGUAUUACGGGGCAUUGUUCACCAGCUUUUGUUGGCACAAUGAAGACAAUUAUCUAUAUAGCAUAAACUACCACCACAAGGGUGCACCGAAGCAAUGGUACGGAGUUCCGGGAGCGGAAAAACAUGCCAAUGGUUUGGAGAAAGUGUUCAAAAGCUAUUUAUCGAUGAAGAUGAGGGACGUCCCUGAUCUCCUGCAUCAUAUAACAACACAAUUUAGUCCGCGUCUUCUGCAGAAUGCUAAGGUUCCUAUUUGCAAACUCCUCCAGCACGAAGGAGAAUACGUCGUGACAUUUCCAAGAGCCUUUCACGGCGGUUUUAGUAUGGGUCCUAAUAGUAAGUACAAACGAAUGCAUGGUGAAUAUUUAACGGUUUUGUUUGCUAUUCAUUUUUCUCACCUCUCUUUCCCCCUGGAAACUCGCAUGGCGAUUGUUAAUAGUUGGCGAGGCCGUAAAUUUUGCUACGCAUGACUGGAUUUACCAUGGCUCGGAUGCCAACGAGCGUUAUCGAUCAUUUGCUCGACCGGCUGUAUUUUCUCACGACCGACUAACUUUUACAAUGGCUCAUCAUUUAGAUGAGCAGAAAUCCUACAAAAAUUGCUCGCUCCUCCUUCAAGAAGUAGAAAGAGUAGUUGACGAGGAAUUACGACUACGCAAGGACCUUUAUGAGCAAGGCGUACGAGAUGUCUCUGACGUCAUCGAACUGCCUCCUAAUCGCCUUGAUCAAUUAGACGAAGACAGCGCAGACUAUGAUGACAAGAGAUUAUGUCACGCCUGCAAACACAUUUGUUUUUUUUCAGCUGUAGCAUGCGAAUGCAGUCGUUCAAAAGUCAGCUGUUUGCGCCACAGUCAUUACAUGUGCCGCUGUCCAUCGGAACGGCGAUAUCUGAUGGUAUGGAGCCCUGAAGAAGAGCUGACGAAAACGUGUGAACGAGUACGAAACCGCUGCGAAGCGCUGAAAAGUCAGGACCAAAAUGGUUCAUCUGUAGAUUCUUCGGAGCUUCAAGAGGAUGAUUCUUAUCCUCUGCCUGUAGUUGCAGUCGGUGUAGAGAAGGAUCUAGAAGAUCACAAGAAUGAUACCAUUAAGGUAGAUCCCUACGUGCCACCACCGAAAUCAACUCGCAACCUGAAGACUGACCUAUCGAUGAAAGACAUMUCGUUAGUUGGAGAAGUUACCGCGGACGAAGACCGGGACGAAUAUUCGAACAAUCGGGAUGUCGUCGUAACUCUUGAUGGCAGCGACGAUAGCGAUGAUGACGAGGUCGAAGUCGUCGCUGUGAUUGGUGGCAACAAAUCCCCCGAGAUGYAAUCAUGAAAAUUCCGUUGCAUUGGGUUCCAUAACUUUUCGUCGCUUUUCCAACGAAAUGAGAGAGAAACGUGGUGAUUUUCUACCAUAACGAAUGCCAGCGUGUCAGUAAUAUGUAAAUUAAUUUAAUGAAAGUGU